GUCCCCAUGGCAACAGCACCAACAGUUUCUGCCAGGGACGGAAGCUGCCACCGGGCAAGAUGGUUGACGUCACGUCAGGUCUGGAAAACCUGGAUGUGGGGGCCCUCCACCCCACCCAGCUGAGUCAGCUCGUGGCCUACAAGAUCAACAGCAAAAUUAACAAUGAAAAAUAUCUCCGAACUCACACCGAAAUUGAGGUGCUGCUGUCGGGAUUUCUCAGAGACGUCUUGAUGAAAAGGCCGGAGAAUAUACAAGAAUUUGCGGCAGGACGUCUCUUCUGCUGGGAUCAAAUGCCCACCCUGGUUCUUGUGUUUCAAGGAUGCUGCUGUAAAGUGGAUUAUUUUGGACCCUCCCUGAUUAACGCUUCCAUCGGGAAAGAUCCCCGGAGAGCGUGCCAAGCAAGCGUGACUUAAAAAAAAAGAGAGAGAGAGAAAAAACAGAAUCCGCUCCCAAACUAAACUAUUUCACCAACCCGGAGCUGCCGAAGAAAAUCCAGCAACAGAUGAUGGAGAAGCUAAACCAGGCUACUUAGGGCUCCCCUCGGACCGAGUUCCUGCUUUGGGGGCUGCCUGAAAAUUUAAACGGCCCCCUCUUCUCACCCCACCCCCAAAUUAUUGUAUUUCUUGGAAUCGCUUUCCUUCCCUCACUUGUCAAUAAACCCACAAAAUGCAUGAAAA